AUGCAUGGGACACUACCGUUCUUUGGGAAAGAGGCGUGCGGUUUUGACAUUGAGCCUGUAUUAAACAUUUCUGAGGGGGAAAAAGUUACCAUAAGCGAGGAUCCGGAAUUUUGGAUGAAUGGAUGGGAUGUGACGGCGGUGAAGAGAUACUUUAGCGUGCUGUUUCCGGGGUUCAAGGAGGCGAAUGGCGAAGGGGACGCAAAGAUUGAUGGGCUUUUCAAGGAAUUGACAGAGAUUAUGGGCGGGGAAGAUGCUGUCAGGCGGUUCACCUGGCCGUGCGUCCUUUUGAUGGCGACGCGCCGAUGA